GGAAGCUAAAAUGGCCACCAUCAGAGCUCUAGCCACCAUGGCCGUUUUCUUCCUGGUCGCGCUCUCCAUGUCUCACAUCGCCUCCUCCCUUCGUCCCGGUCUCGGCGUCUGCCGCGCCAGCGGCUAUCUCCCAGGCAAGUCCGGCCACUGUGAGAGGAGUAAUGACCCAGACUGCUGUGAGGACGGUAAGAGAUACCCACAGUACCACUGCUCGCCGCCGGUCACCUCGACUACCAAGGCCGUCCUGACACUCAACAGCUUUGAGAAGGGCAAGGAUGGUGGUGGUCCAUCGGAGUGUGACAAAUCCUACCACAGUAACAAGGAGCUGGUCGUCGCACUCUCCACCGGCUGGUUCAAGAACAUGGCACGCUGCGGCCACCGCAUCAAGAUCACCGCCAACGGCAACUCCGUGUACGCUAAGGUGGUGGACGAGUGCGACUCUGUCUAUGGCUGUGACGAUGAGCACAACUACGAGCCGCCGUGCGCCAACAACAUCGUCGACGCCUCGCCAGCUGUGUGGAACGCCCUGGGGCUCGACCAGAACGUCGGUAUGGAGGAUAUCACUUGGUCAGACGUAUGUCACGCCAGUGGUUAUCUCCCAGGAAAGGCUGGCAAAUGCGAAAGGAGCAAUGACCCGGACUGUUGCGAGGAUGGCAAAAGGUACCCACAGUACCACUGCUCGCCACCGGUUACCGCAGCCACGAAGGCCGUCCUCACACUCAAUAGUUUCGAGAAGGGCAAGGAUGGUGGUGGCCCGUCGGAGUGCGAUAAGGCCUACCACAGCGACAAGGAAAUGGUUGUCGCGCUCUCCACGGGUUGGUUCAACAAGAUGGCUCGUUGUGGCCACAAAAUCAAGAUCACCGCCAAUGGCAAGUCAGUGUACGCUAAGGUGGUGGAUGAGUGUGAUUCCGUGUACGGUUGCGACAGUGAGCAUAACUACGAGCCCCCUUGUGACAACAACAUCGUUGAUGCUUCACCAGCUGUGUGGAACGCUCUCGGUCUGGAUCAGAAUGUUGGUAUGGAGGAUAUCACGUGGUCGGAACAGUAAAUAUCGAUGUCAUUGUGUAUUACCGUUUGAUCACAUGCA